GCGUCAACACGCGCACCUUCCUGCGCUUUGGCGUCUCUCCUCUCACUCCGUCCGUGUUCUUUUCAACCGUGUGUGCGGGAGACCUGUUCCGAUCCUCCGGGGGGGGAAGAGGGGGUGGGGGGUGAAGGUGUGACAGUGCAGCAGCAUGGCCGACGGUCCGCGGGCUGAUGACGACCACCCGCCCAGGACCCGGUCCCCCCCCCUCAUCACCGUGUCUGAUCUGCCCAGCGCCACCGCAGCAGGCCAGAACCUGAAGGAAUGGCUCCAGGAGCAGUUCUGCGACAAACCCCUCGAGCAGGACGACAUGCGGCUGCACAAUGCGGCCUACGUGGGAGAUCUGGACACCCUGAGGAGCCUGCUGCAGGAAGACUGCUUCAGACGGCGUAUCAAUGAGAAGUCCGUUUGGUGUUGCGGCUGUCUGCCCUGCACCCCGCUGCGGAUCGCGGCCACGGCAGGACACGCCGCCUGCGUGGCCUAUCUGAUCGGCCAGGGCGCCGCGGUGGACCUGGUCGAUGUGAAAGGUCAGACGGCCCUCUACGUCGCUGUGGUGAACGGCCACCUGGACUGUGUGCGGAUCCUCCUCCAAGCCGGAGCCGACCCCAACGGGAGUCGCCACCAUCGCAGCACGCCGCUGUACCACGCCGCGCGGGUGGGAAGCCUGGACGUACUGCAGGAGCUCAUCAGGUUCAAGGCUGACGUAGACAUGGACCACCAGCUGGGGCCCCGCCUCCUCUUAAGCGCUCGCACCCUCAACACCCUGGUGGUGUGUCCUCUCUACAUCAGCGCGGCCUACCACCACCUCCACAGCUUCCGGCUGCUGCUCCAGGCCGGCGCUCAGCCCGACUUCAACUACACGGGGCCCGUCUGCCGGGAGACCCUGACCCGCGGCCUGGCCUCCUGCCUGCUGGAUGCCGUGCUGCGACACGGGUGUGAGGCGGCCUUCGUCCACCUGCUGCUGGACCACGGGGCCGACCCGGCCCUGGUGCCCUGGGACGGAUUGGAGCUGGAGGGUCCCAACCGGAGGAAGGUGGAUCCGGAGGCGCUCAGCGUGUUCCUGGAGGCGAGGCGAUGCCCUCGCAGGCUGACCAACCUGUGUCGCAUCGGGAUCCGCAGAGCCAUGGGCAAAAACCGGCUACAUCACAUAACCUCGCUACCGCUGCCAAAAACCAUCAAGAACUUCCUGCUUCAUCAAAACGGACAACCGGAGCUCUUCCCGCCCAAAGCUUAGAGGAACAACAAAGGGAAAUAGUUCAGCACAACACAAUUUUGUGAUCCUUGUUCGCCAAUCGCUAAGGCAGACAGUUCAUUUUAUAUCAAUGGUCCUAUCUUGUUGUUGUUGUUGUAACGAUUUAUCGACCUAUCAGAGAAGCGUUAGUAAGUCUUGGCUUGCGUGUGAAAAUGUGAUUUGGUGAGAAGCUGUGACCUAGCAGGCCAUGUGUUGAUUGUCAGAAGAAGAUCACCCACUUCCACUUCCAGCUCUUGAAUUGAACUGUUUAUGUAAACCAGGAUUUGAGAUCUUUCACGAAAACGAAUGCAAACAUG